AUGGGAAGAGAUGAAGAUAUUUGCGCCUCUCUCCGGGCUGAAAUUUCUGCUACCGAAGCCCACCUCGUGAGGUUGAAAAGUGAACUCGUGAGCGCUGAGGCCGCGGCGAAUUCGGAGAGCACAACCCCCGCGGCAAACCGUGACAAAGGCCAAAAUGGGGCAGAGCCUCGAUGGCCAUUGCUUCCGGAAGAAUAUGGACGGUAUGGUCGACAAAUGAUUGUUUCACAAGUUGGGCUUCCAGGCCAACUUAAGCUGCGCUCCGCCAAGGUUUUGCUCGUUGGAGCUGGUGGACUGGGAUGCCCUGCAGCCCAGUACCUUGCUGGAGCCGGAGUUGGAACUCUGGGCUUGAUUGACGGCGACACGGUUGAGAUUUCGAAUUUACAUCGCCAAAUUUUACACCGAAGCCGCAACGUAGGGAAAUACAAGGUGGACAGUGCCAUUGAAUCUCUACGAGAACUGAACCCACUUGUGACAUAUAUCGCCCAUCGAACACACCUCACGCCAGAUACAGCACCUUUCAUUUUUAAUGAAUACGACAUUGUCCUCGAUUGCACCGAUAACCCGGCAACCCGCUACCUGAUCUCGGAUACUGCAGUGCUUCUGGGCAAACCUCUGGUUUCUGCAUCUGCAUUACGUACCGAGGGCCAGCUUAUGGUACUGAACUAUCCUCCUCGCCCGCCAGGGGACAAAGAUGGCGGGCCAUGUUAUCGAUGUGUUUUCCCGAAGCCACCACCAGCUGAUAGCGUAGUGAGUUGUGCGGAUGGGGGUAUUAUGGGCCCAGUUGUUGGAACUAUGGGUGUUUUGCAGGCGUUGGAGGCAAUCAAGGUGAUCACUGCACCAGACGUGCACGUCUUGAAUCAAACUCCGCGUCAAGAUCCUCCGGCCCUCCAUAUCUUCUCGGCUUACUCAAAUCCUUUGUUCCGCACAAUCCGUCUUCGCUCUCGGAGAAUCAACUGUGCAGUAUGCUCUGCCAGUGCAACUGUCUCACUGGACACCAUCAAGUCAGGAUCUACUGACUAUGUUUUUUUCUGUGGCUCAGCGAGCCUCCCAUCGUUGCUGGCCCCAGAGGAACGUCUGUCGCCCCAGGAAUAUCGGAAACUGCAUCCACAGUCCAUUCAUGGAGAGCCCGAACAAUCCCCUUCGAGGCCACACACAAUCAUUGAUGUUCGAGAUCAAGCUCAGUUUGGUAUUUGCAACUUGGAGAACAGUGUGAACAUUCCAAUUUCAGAUAUUAUGGCUUCUAUUCCUGCUCCAACUCCCCAGGUCUUACAAGGCGGCGAUUCUGGAUCCCAACUUCCUUCAUGGCUUCCUCUAGGUCUUGCUAAUUCGGAUCUUAACGAUCCCAUCUACGUGGUUUGCCGGCUUGGCAAUGACUCCCAGAUUGCCGUCAAGAAAUUGAAAGAUCUAGGAUUAGAUCGGGGUGGCCAGAGGUUCAUUGGUGAUAUUCGUGGAGGAUUUCGGGCAUGGCGAGAGCAGAUCGACCCGGGAUGGCCAGAAUAUUGA